AUGCCUUCCAUCAACAGAUCAAUCAUCUUCUUGGCCGCUGUAACGCAGCUGGCUCUCGUUACUGCCGCUCCCGUUCCUCAGAUUGCUGGAUUCGGCAGCGCCUGUAACUCCGUUCUGACCGACUUGGACAAUGCUUCUGGGUUCGCAACCAAGAACAUUGAGGAAGGAGUUGGCAACGACAUUGCAGGUGUCAAAGGCGCCAACACCAAGCGCCAAAUUGCUGGAGUCGGCAGUGGCUGCGAUUCCGUCUUGACUGACCUGGACAACGCUUCUGGCUUCGCGACAAAGAACAUUGAGGAAGGCGUUGGCAAUGAUAUCGCAAGUGUCAAAGGUGCUCCCGCCAGGCGCCAGCUGAACAAGAUUUCUGACGGCUUUGGUGAUCUUGCCAACGACGCUGGCCUCUCCGUGGUUGGCAAUCCUGUCGACAAGUACGGCAACAUCGUCGAUGGAGAUGGCACCAAUGGCGCCGCAGAGGUUGGUGCUGACAUCGGCUCUGCUGAAGAGAGCAUCCUCGAAGGCGCCACUGCCGAGCUCAACAAUGGCCACAACACAGGCAGCGGUGGCAACGGUGGCAGUGGUGGCAACCCUCCCCCUCCACCACCACCCAAGUUCAGGCGUCAGCUGAACAAGAUCUCUGACGGUUUUGGUGAUCUUGCAAACGACGCCGGUCUUUCUGCUGUCGGCAACCCUGUUGACGCGGAAGGUAACGUUAUCGAUGGAGAUGGUACCAACGAAGCUGCGGAUCUCGGCGCUGAUAUUGGUUCUGCCGAAGAGAGUACUCUCGAGGAUAGCACUGCUGAGCUCUUCAACAAUGGCGACAACACCGGCAGCAGCGGCAACGGUGGCAGCGGUGGCAACCCCCCACCUCCCCCUCCAGCUGGCGGCCCGGGAGGACCUCACUGA